AUGUACGGUAUACUGCUCAUCAUCGGGCUGUUCGGCGUGUUUUGGCUGCUUUGGGCCUGGAUAAACCUCUACCUGAUCCUAUUUUGGCCGCCGUUAUGGACGAUUGAAUCUGCACAGGACCCUGCCAUUGACCCCUUCUACAGCCCUCCUCCUGGGUUUGAGGGAACGACACCAGGAACCAUUCUUCGCCAUCGCCGGGUAGCCGCCUCGUUUUUCGGCAUCGCCCCCAACCGGGUCCAAGCAUUCCAACUCUUGUAUCGCACCACUGCAGUCGAUGGUAGUCCUAUUUUCACCGUCACGACGAUAUUCAGACCCUUUACGGCGAAAUCAGAUCGGUUCAUCUCCUUCCACACUGCCUACGACAGCGCUUCCGUCAGCUGCGACCCCAGCUAUCAGUACCAGUUCGGCGCUCUACAAACGGACAUGAUACCGUCCCUUGAAAUGUUCUUUAUACAACGAUACAUCGCACAAGGGUAUAUUGUUGCGUCCCCCGACCAUGAAGGACCGGACGCUGCUCUGGCAGCCGGACGUGUAGCAGGGAUGUCUGUGCUGGAUGGGAUGCGCGCUGUCAUCAAUUUCCGGAAUAUACUCCGUAUCAUAAUCGAUACGCCUGCGAUUGUCGGGGUCGGAUAUUCCGGUGGUGCAAUAGCAACAGGAUGGGCUGCCUCUCUCCAGUCGUCGUACGCUCCUGAAUUGAAUAUCAAGGGAUGGGUUCAAGGUGGCACUCCUGCAAACCUCUCCGGGACAUUCUAUCACCUGGAUAACAGCACGUUUAGUGGGUUUCUCUCAGCAGCAAUCGAUGGACUGUGUAAGCCCAGUGCAUAUAGCGCACAGCUGCAGCCUGUGAUUGAUAGCAUUAUCACCGAUGAAGGCCGGGAGCUUCUGGACUACGCGAACUCCCAUUGCGUUGUCGCAGACUUGGUCCAUUUUUAUAACAAGUCCAUGUUCUCACCAGAUAUCCAGACACUUGGGCCUGACCUCCUGCAGCAGGACACUAUUGCAGCUGUUCUCGAUCACAAUCGGCUCGGCGCAAAUCAAAACGAGGUACCGGUGGCUCCGGUGUUUGUCUACCAUGGUCUGCAGGACGAGAUCAUCCCAUACGCUGAUGUACUAGCAAUGGUCGAUUUCUGGUGUGCGAACGGAGCUACCGUGGUGUUUACGACGUUUACUGAUGAUGGCCAUGCGAGGGCCCUCCUCAGUAGCAUACCGGAGACCACAGACUUCAUUCAAAGAGCAUUUGAAGGGACGGUUCCAGACGGCUGCUCCCGGAAUACAAUACCACCGGCUCCUAAGUGUGCUACGCCUGUAGUAAAAGGCUCGGGGGAAGGCGAAUCGUCCCCAGAAGCGAUAGCUCAAUUCUAG